AUGUCCAAGUCUUUUGACGAUUUUAUAAAACAGCAGAAGCAACAACAAUCCAAACCUAAAGGGUUUGGUUAUAGAAAUAACAAUCAAGGAGGCUACAAUUAUAAUCAAGCAUAUGGCAAUGUACCUACGUUUCAACCUGGAAAUCAACAAUUUCAAUAUCAAGGAGGAUAUAACCAAGGAUUCAAUCAACAACAAUACCAAUAUCAAGGACAAGGGUACAACAAUCAAGGUUAUAAUUCCAAUAAUAGAUAUAACAACAGUAACAACUAUAACUAUAAUAAUAACACUAACCAAAGUUCCACCAUUUCAACUCCAGUAGACUCAUUACCUACAAGUGGAAGAAGUACUCCUAAUCCGAAUGCAUCAACCACUUCAUUAACAUCAUUGAAUACUGCUCUUGCUAAAUUAAAUGUUUCCAAUAUUCCAUUUGAAGAAAAUUUGAGUAAUAUUGAGAAAGCCGGUAAGAUAGCUGAGAUUAGACCCGAAGUGGAAACCAUUGUUAAGAUAAUUGAUGAACAAGAAGAUUUAUCGAUUAUUAAUGAAUGGAAAUUGAAUGAAAUUUUGAAAUCUUUAUUGAAACCUAAAAGUCCUGCAUUAGUUAAAGAAGGAGCUUUAUUAAUCAUUCAACAAUUGGCAACUAAAUUUGGUGGUCAAACCCCCAAAGAAGCUUAUUUAUUACAGUUUUUAAGUACUGCUUAUGAUAUGUUUACUGAUAAAGAUAAAAAUGUUGUUAAAGCUGCUAAAUCUGCUACUGAUGCAUUAUUUGGAAUUUACCCUGUGGAAGCAUUAGGAUCAAUUGUAUUAGAUGAAUAUUUAACUAUUUUCAAAUCAGGGGCUAAAUGGAAUUCUAAAGUUGCUGCAUUAGUCAAUUUUGAUAAAUUAAUUGAUGAUGUUCCGGCAGAUAUUUUAGAAAUGAAAUUUAUUGAUGUUGUUCCGGUAUUGACUGAUUUAUCUACUGAUUUCAAACCAGAAUUGGCUAAAGCCGGUCUUUCAACUUUGAAAAAAUUUGUUAAAGUUUUAGAUAAUUUGGAUUUACAAAACAAAUAUGAUUUGAUUGUUGACACUUUAGCUGAUCCCAAAAAAGUUACUGAUUGUAUCAAAAAUUUAUCAUCAGUGACUUUUGUUGCUGAAGUCACCGAACCAGCAUUAUCAUUAUUAGUCCCCAUUUUAGAUAAAUCAUUGAAAAUGUCAUCAUCAUCAAAUGAGCAAUUGAGACAAACAGUUAUGGUGACAGAAAAUUUAACCCGAUUGGUCAAUAAUAAAAGAGAAAUUGAACAAUUUAUUCCAAUUUUGUUACCUGGGGUGGAAAAAGUUGUUAACAAUGCUUCAUUACCAGAAGUUAGAGAAUUGGCCGGUAAGGCUUUGAAAGUUUUGAAAGAUGCUGAAAAUGAACAAACUGAUGGUAAAUUCCAUGGAAGAAUUACUCUUGAACAAGCAGAAAAAUUUUACACUGAAGAUAUUCCUGAUGAACAACAUCAACAACCAGUUCAAUUGUUAAAAGAUGAUAUUUUGAAGAAAUAUUUGGCUACCGUGUUACAAAUCGAUGCUCAUGUCAAUGAUUGGAAACGUUUACAAGAAUAUUUGAUGAUGGCUACUAAUAACAAUGAAACUUACUCACAAUUAGUAGUUACUCAUGUCAAGAAUUUAUUUAACCCUGAAUCAGCUGCAGAUAAUGAGAAUGACGAUGGUGCUGUUGUUAUUGUUGACGCCGAUUUCUCAUUAGCCUAUGGUACUCGUAUGUUAUUGAACAAAACCAAAUUAAGAUUAUUGAAAGGACAUAGAUACGGGUUAUGUGGUAGAAAUGGUGCUGGUAAAUCAACUUUAAUGAGAGCCAUUUCUAAAGGUCAAUUAGAAGGUUUCCCAACUGCUGAUGAAUUGAAAACAUGUUUUGUUGAACAUAAAUUACAAGGAUCUGAAGCUGAUAUGGAUUUAGUUAGUUUUAUUGGUCUGGAUCCAGAAUUAGCCAAUGUUGGUCGUGAAGAAAUUGAACAAGCUUUGAAAGAUGUUGGUUUCCCCGAUGAAAGAUUACAACAACAAGUAGGAUCAUUAUCUGGUGGUUGGAAAAUGAAAUUAGAAUUGGCCAGAGCCAUGUUGAUGAAAGCUGAUGUUUUAUUAUUGGAUGAACCUACAAAUCAUUUGGAUGUUGCUAAUGUCAAAUGGUUACAAGAUUAUUUAGUGGAGAAUACUGAAAUCACUUCAUUAAUUGUUUCUCAUGAUUCUGGAUUUUUGGAUGCUGUUUGUACUGAUAUUAUUCAUUAUGAAAACAAAAAGUUGGCUUAUUAUAAAGGUAAUUUAUCUGAAUUUGUUAAAAUCAAACCUGAAGGUAAAUCUUAUUAUACAUUAACUGAUUCAAAUGUUAAAAUGGCAUUCCCACCACCAGGGAUUUUGACAGGUGUCAAAUCAAACACUAGAGCUGUUGCACGUAUGUCCAAUGUUACAUUUGCUUAUCCAGGUGCCGAUAAACCAUCUUUAAAGAAUGUUUCAUGUUCAUUAUCAUUAUCAUCAAGAGUUGCUAUCUUGGGUCCAAAUGGUGCUGGUAAAUCUACUUUGAUUAAAUUAUUAACUGCAGAAUUAGUACCACAAGAAGGUAAAGUUGAGAAACAUCCAAAUUUAAGAAUUGGUUACAUUGCUCAACAUGCAUUACAACAUGUUGAACAACACAAGGAGAAAACUGCUAAUCAAUAUUUACAAUGGCGUUAUAGAUUUGGUGAUGAUCGUGAAGUUUUAUUGAAAGAAAGUAGAAAAGUUUCUGAUGAAGAACAAGAAAUGAUGAAAAAAGAAAUUGAUAUUGGUGAUGGUAGAGGUAAACGUGCCAUUGAAGCAUUAGUUGGUAGACAAAAAUUGAAAAAAUCAUUCCAAUAUGAAGUGAAAUGGAAAUAUUGGUUACCUAAAUAUAAUUCUUGGGUACCAAAAGAAGUUUUACUUGAACAUGGAUUUGAUAAAUUGAUUCAAAAAUUCGAUGAUCAUGAAGCUUCAAGAGAAGGGUUAGGAUAUAGAGAAUUAACUCCAUCAGUGAUUCGUAAACAUUUUGAAGAUGUUGGAUUGGAUGGAGAUAUUGCUGAUCAUACCCCAAUGGGAUCAUUAUCUGGUGGUCAAUUAGUCAAAGUGGUUAUUGCUGGUGCUAUGUGGAAUAAUCCUCAUUUAUUGGUGUUGGAUGAACCAACGAAUUAUCUUGAUCGUGAUUCAUUAGGUGGAUUAGCUAUGGCAAUUAGAGAAUGGAAUGGUGGGGUAGUUAUGAUCUCACAUAAUAAUGAGUUUGUUGGAGCAUUAUGUCCCGAACAAUGGCAUGUGGAAAAUGGUGAAGUGAUUCAAAAGGGAACCGUUGCUGUUGAUGCUAAAAGAUUUGAAGAUCAAGGUGGUGAUGAAGCAUCUUCUUCUAAAGAAGGUACACCUGUGCCAGAACCAGUUAAAAAGAGAGCUGAUGAUGAUGAUUCUCCUGCUAAUAUUAAAGUAAGAACAAGAAAGAAGAAAAUGACCAGAAAUGAAAAGAAAGCUCAAGCAGAAAGAAGAAGAUUAAGAUAUAUUGAAUGGUUAAGUUCACCUAAAGGUACACCAAAACCAGUAGAUACUGAUGAUGAAGAAGAUUAG